GUGAACAGGAUGACACGAGCCAGGUUCGCUGUGCAUGGGACGCGUCACGGAACGAUGUACUGAUGCGGGUUCGAAGAUCGAGGCUGCUAUUGCGCUUUGUGGGCACUAUGGGACGACGGUCUUCGCUCCAGGAGAAUACAAUGUUACGAGGAAAAUGACAUGGGACUUGGUGGGAUCCAGAGUGGACCUUCAUGGCUACCUGAACUUCGUUGCGGACUUGCCGUACUGGAUGUAUCCCGAAAACACGUACCGCGUCAUCUUCAUCCAGAGCCAAGCAUCUUGGUUCGUGAUCACAGGGAGCGACUUCGUGGUCGACGCGCACAAUACCGGGGGGAUCAUUGGGAACGGGCAGUACUGGUGGUCAUGGUACGGCAACGGGACACGCAUUGACGGCGACGGCCGCCCGGUUGCUCUCACUGUGUACCGCGCGCUCCGGGGUACCAUUGCGAACUUCCGGAUAGAAGGCCAGCCGUUCUGGUGCAACGCCGUGGCAGAAAGCCAGAGCGUAGUGUAUGACGGAAUGUACUGCAAUGCGACGAACUCGGAUCCUCUGUAUUACAACCAGAACAUUGUGUGGAACACGGACGGUAUCGACACAUUCCGGUCGGAUAACAUUACGCUGCUAACUGGGAUAUACACCGCACAGAUUACGCUCGGAGAUGACUGCAUCGCAAUCAAAGGCAACUCGACGAAUGUAUACGCCAAGAAUAUCACCUGCACCGGCGGCACUGGGAUCGCAUUCGGUUCCUUGGGGCAGUACUACAACCUGUACGACAACGUUGAGAAUAUCACGCUAGAGGAUGUCACGAUGAUUAGACCGGAUCCGACGAUACAGCCUUACAUGGAGCACGGCGUUUACUUCAAGUCGUGGACUGGGACGACCAUUGGCUUCCCUCCUGUCGAGGGCGGUGGCGGACCAGGGACAACGACGAGCGUUCUUGCACGCAACUUCGAACUUGACAAUGUGACAUACCCCAUUCAGCUUUACCAGACGAACUCUGGACAUGCGGGCGAUGCUCCGUCAAAAUAUCAGUUCGGCGGCCUCACAUUCGUCAACUUCACUGGUACAGCAUCGACAGACCUGCUGGUUGACAUAGAGUGCAGCCCGGCGGCCCCAUGUCCGGAUCUAUCUGGCACGACAGCGACGUACAACUGUUACAAUGUCUUGAGCCAAACGGGCCUGAGUGCGUGCAACGCGACGGCAUGAGCCCAAGGCCAUGCCGAUGAUGCGAGGGUUGGUGAAGAAGAGCGUAGUUAAAUAGCGUAGCUGCGGAAGGUGAACUCGUCUGUUCGAUGGGUAUCAGAGAUGGACGUCCUUGCGUGAUUACCUGCUAAGUUAUGUACAGCCACACCUGUCGGUUGUGCCUUCCGCAUUAGGACUGUGUUAGGACACGAGCGCCUGGUCUGCUCGUUGCCCGCGCCGCGCUGGAGGACGUCGGGGACGAUGAGCGAGGCAUGCAGAUAAGGCGAGCCAGAGCGGCCUGGGUCAGGAAGAAUCACGGUGGUAGGUAUGGAGAUCGCUGCGCAUGCGCAACCGGGACGGGCGGACGACCUACGGGCCAAAUAGGUUGUGCCUGUCAUGGCAACGUCGCCGAGAGGACAUCAAAAAGCACUCU